AUGUCUGUUGUAAAAGUCCCUAUCAUUGUAUGCGGCGCUGGCUCAGCCGGCCUCUGUGCCGCUACAUUCAUGGCCAGCGCUGGCAUACCUGCUGAGCAUAUCAAGAUUCUGGAGCGGAACGCGGGGCCGAUGGAAAUCGGGCAAGCAGACGGAGUCCAAUGUCGUACAGUCGAGGUAUUCGAGUCUUUUGGUCUUUCGGAGCCGUUGAUCAAAGAAUCAUAUCACGUUUUAGAGGUUUGCUUCUGGGCUGAAAAGGAAGAUUCUGGGGCUACUCCGAAACAGUUAGUGAGAACGAGACGAACGGCGGACACUAUGCCUGGACUUUCACAUCAUCCCCAUGUUAUCCUAAAUCAAGCUAGGAUGAAUGGGAUGCUGCUGAAAAAGAUGCAUGAUGAAGCUGGCAUGGAGGUGGAGUAUGGAUGGAAUGUAUCUAAUGUUACGGUCGACUUUAAGGGAGACCCUGAUUUUCCGUGUGUGGUUGUGGCAAAGAGGGGAAUUGAGGGCCCUGAAACAACCAUGCGGGCUAGGUAUGUCUUGGGGUGUGAUGGCGCGCAUAGCACCGUGAGGCGCUCGCUUGGAUAUAAGAUGAUUGGCGAUAGUACGGACGCUGUAUGGGGAGUAAUGGACGUUUAUCCCCAAACAAACUUUCCAGAUAUCAGAAAGAAGGCUACAUUACACACAAAGAGUGGAAACUUGAUGAUCAUCCCUCGCGAAGGGGACGCGCUUGUUCGGUUCUACAUUGAGCUCCAGGCCGGUACAAUAGCCAAAAGUGUGAGUCUUGAGGACUUGCACCGAACAGCAAAACAGAUAUUUGCGCCGUAUACGAUGGACAUUGCAGAGACAAUGUGGUGGUCAGCUUACUCGAUUGGUCAACGUCUUGUCGACCAUUUCCACAAAGACUACCGUAUAUUCCUGACUGGUGACGCGUGUCAUACACACAGUCCCAAGGCUGGUCAAGGGAUGAAUGUCAGCCUUCAAGAUGGGUACAAUCUGGGAUGGAAACUGGCCGCAAUCCUGAAAGGGCAAGCGCCGAGUUCUAUACUAGAUACAUACUGUCUGGAACGACAAAAGGUUGCUGCUGAUUUGAUUGAGUUUGAUAGAUUCUUCUCUAGUAUCUUUUCGUCUAAGAAAGUAGAGCAUAAACCCGAGAACUUUCCAGAGCACUUCAUCAAGGCUGGUAGGUAUACGGCUGGUUUGACUGCCAAGUAUGAUGAUUCCGUGUUUACAUCCACUGCCAGGAGCCGGUCUGAACUGGCUCGCGGCUUAACUGUGGGAAUGAGAUUUCCGAGCACCCAGGUUGUCCGGUUAUGUGAUGCAAGAGCUAUGCAGUUAGUGCGCGCAUUCCCCGCCGAUGGAAGAUGGCGCAUUGUUGUCUUUGCUGGGGAUAUAUCGACACCUACUUGUUCGGAGAGAUUGAAUAACCUGGCCGACUUUCUAUCUUCCGAGGCUGGCCCCGUUUCUCGAAUCACGCCAUCUACAGCUGACCCUGACAGCGUUAUUGAGGCCAUUUUGGUGCUCCACAGUGAAUCAGGCCAGAUCGAACAAGACCAGAUACCAGAACAUUUCACACCGGUAAAUGGGAAAUGGUGUAUAAAAGAUCUGUUCAAAACGUUCGUGGAUUGUGAAAGCUACAACUCUGGUCAUGGCCACACAUACGAAACAUAUCAAAUUGAUAAGACUGAAGGCGCCGUUGUAAUUGUGCGUCCGGAUCACUAUAUCUCUAUUAUCAGCAGUCUCAUUGACUACGAUACCAUAAACCGCUUCUUUGAGGGCUUUGCACUCACGCCCUGA